AUGGAGACACGACAUAGAAGAAAUAGGCCAAUGCGAUCGCCCGAGGAGGGAGCCCUUACUGGAGCUGGUCCUGGAACAGGGGACAGAGCGAGCGGCCAGCGGUUGGAGGAGAACGAGGUGCAAGAGCGGCUCUCCAGUCAACGGGCACAGCCCGUAAACUAUACGCAAAACAGUCAAAGCAGCAACAGACACCACCAAGGCACUGCUGCACCUGCUGAUGAUGCUGCGACCGACCGUCGUCAGUCGCUCACGUUGGCAGGCCGCCAACGGCAAUUGAUCAUGUGGACUAGGGAGAUGAACAUGUAUGUGAUUCGUUGCUACCACGUUUGCACGAAGUUGGAGACGGAUAUGUCUGGCAGGCCAAGAAUGCUAGACAUGUUCAUUGAGCAGUACCCUCGGUUUGCCAACCAGCUUGACCGGAACAAGUUGUACAGCCGACAGCGAGCAAUACUAUCCAACAAUAUGCUCACUGUGACGGAGCUGGACACCAUCAGGCUGGAAGUGCAGAGGGAGUUAAGAGAAGGGAAUGGAUCGAGCGAUACGUCGAGCAGGAGUUCUGCAGGGCAUGAUGCAUCGGUUGCGAGUGAGGAGCCGGAACACAAUGCAUCGAUAAACACGGCAGUGGAGGAGCUACGCGCUUCGGAACAAACAAUGGACCAACAACGACAACAACUACGGGACGAACUAGCUUUCCAGAUCGACACAGCGGUUACACAGUUUCGGGGAACAGACCCCACUUCCCGACACAAAAUACCAAAACUACAGUAUUCCUACCGGCUGACGAAUGCAGUAAGAACCUUCAAUGAGGAUAUUUUGCCACAGUAUUCGGAAGCCGCUGAGAACCUUGAGGAGCUGCAGUUUAUAGUGUAUUGCGCAGCUGUAGCCGUCGUGAGAACCCUGGGACUACGGACCUAUCCCCAAGGUAACGGUGAAGGUCGUCCCUGUCCCAGUGCGCAGAAGCCCGCAUGGAUGCGAGGACUGGAAUUUAGGAUUGCAACUUUGCGGGUAAAAAUCGGUCGGUUGACACAGUACACGAGGGGAAACCGAUCAAGGAGGCUGGUUCGUCAAAUAGCGGAAAUCGUAAAGCCCGCAGCGCUCCGAGAUCUCAGUGAACCCAAAAUCACGGAGAUUCUCGACACCCAUGUACAACGGUUGAGUGCUCUUGCAAAACGGAUGCGGCGUUAUGGUGAAUGUUCGAGACGGAAGAAAGAAAAUCGGAUGUUCAGCACGAACGAGAGAGAGUUUUAUAACCACAUCAGGAACGACAAACCCGAUUACAGCGAGGGGCUUCCGGAGAUUGGCGAAGUUACACAGUUCUGGGUCAAUUUAUGGGAGAACCCCGCUCAACACAAUGACAGCGGGAUGUGGUUGGUAGGAGAGGAAGAACAUUGUGAUGGAAUUGAACGCAUGGCUGCUGCAGUAGUAACCACCCAGGAUAUCCGGGAGGCUACGCGGUAUAUCAGGAAUUGGGCCGCACCCGGACCAGAUUUUGUGCACAACUUCUGGUAUAAAAAACUGUCAGCAGCCCACGGACGACUAGCGGAAUGCUUCAACAUGGUGCUAAGAGACCCCCAGGAGUUACCAGAAUUCAUCACGAAAGGGGUAACCUACCUCCUACCGAAGGAUCGUAACACGGCUAAUCCAGCUAAGUACAGACCAAUAACAUGUCUCUCAAGUCUGUAUAAAGUGCUCUCGUCGGUAAUCACUCGAAAAGUGCAGGACCAUUGCGAGGUGAACAGAGUGAUGACUGAGGAACAGAAAGGCUGCCGCAAAAACACGCAAGGCUGCAAAGAUCAGGUCAUCAUUGAUGUGGUUAUUGUUGGCCAGGCAAGCCGAAGCAAACGAAACCUUGGUAUGGCGUACAUCGACUAUAAGAAGGCAUACGACUCGGUACCUCACUCGUACCUCAUAAGGGUACUGAAGUUGUAUAAAAUAGACGAUGGCGUCAUCAGGUUGAUGCAGCACGCAAUGGGAAUGUGGAGCGCGUCUCUCCACGUUACCGACGGAGCAACAGUGUUACGGUCUAGAACUCUCAGCAUUAGGAGGGGGAUUUUCCAAGGCGACACCUUCAGUCCGCUAUGGUUUUGCCUCGCGAUGAACCCCCUUAGCAGAGCACUCAACCGAUGCAGCUAUGGCUAUCAAUUGAAAAGUGGGACUAUAAGUGCAAAAGUAACCCACACCUUCUACAUGGAUGAUUUGAAGUUGUUUGCGGAAUCAAAGGAGAAGCUGCGCCAUCUGUUACAGGUGGUGACAACGUUCAGUAACGAUAUCCGGAUGGAGUUUGGUGUCGACAAAUGCCGACUUGUCAAACUUCAUCGAGGCAAAUUAGUGGACGCCGACAGUUUCCGCAUCAACGAACGAGAUGAAAUUCGAAGUAUGGCUGAAGGUGAAUCGUACAAAUACUUGGGUUUCCUGCAACUGAAAGGUAUUCACCACACCGCGAUCAAGAAAGAGCUGCAGGAAAAGUUCUUGUAUCGUGUCAGCCGUAUUUUGAAGUCCUUCCUCUCAGCCGGCAACAAAACGAAAGCAAUCAACACGUUUGCCGUGCCAACACAUAUUGAUAAGGUGGCAUCAAAUGCGUGGCUGGUGCGAGGUGAUCUCUUUAUGGAGACAGAAGGUUUUAUGAUAGCCAUCCAGGACCGGGUCAUUGCGACGAAGAACUACCGUAGGUACAUAUUGCACGAAGAGGUGGAAGAUCGAUGCAGAAAGUGCAAUGCGGUAGGGGAAACGAUCGAACAUGUCGUCGCAGGUUGUCAGGCGUUAGCAGAGGCAGCCUAUCUCGGUCGACAUAAUGCGGUCGCCAAAAUUGUGCACCAACAACUUGCACUGAAGCACAAUUUGGUGAACCAGUAUGUGCCCCACUACAAGUACCUGCCGAGUCCGGUUCUGGAGAAUAGCUGCGUAAAAUUGUACUGGGAUCGCGAGAUCACUACGGACGUCCUGAUACGUGCCAACCGUCCCGACAUUGUGGUCUACGACAAAAGGAUGAAGCGGGUAACCAUCAUCGACAUCGCUGUACCGUUAGAUCGUAAUGUCCAAUCAACAUUCUCGACCAAGAUUACGAAAUACCACGAUUUGGCUGAGAAGUUGAGGCAGAUGUGGCACCUUGAGGGUGUACGUAUAGUCCCGGUAUUAAUCUUUGCUACUGAACUGGUUCCCUAUGCCCUUAUAAAUUCCCUGGAAGAGUUGGAGCUGAGAAAUGAACUACACAGCAUACAGAAAGCAGUGGUUCUUGGGACCUGCAACACGGUACGAAGGUUUCAGAACCACCACAACACAUCCAACUAA